AUCAUCACCAUCCCACAAAACGAGAGGAGGAGGGGAGAGGAGCGAUUAUUAAGACAAAAAGUAGUAGUCGUAUGGGAAAAAGAUGCUAAAAUUUGCAAAGAAGCUUCUUUAUUUAUGAGCGGGACUAUGGAAACCAUCGAUGAAGAAGAUUCAUCUCUCUCUCUCUCUCUCGACAUCCCUAGUUAGGGUGUUUCCGAAACCAUUGAUUAAGAUUCAUCUCUCUCUCUCUCUGCCCUCUCGACAUCCCUAGUUCAGCCGUGUCCGAAGAUCUCUCUCCCUCUCCCUCUCCCUCUUUUUCUUCCUCUUCUUGGUCACCAAAUUAAAGAGGAGGAGAGGCAGCGGCAAAAUGCCGUCAAAAUCCUUGAUCCCUCCCCCAUCUCUCAAUCCCAUUCUCCCCCGCCGCAACGCCCCCGAUGCGCCGUCGUCUAUGUGCGCCGACGACCUGGAUCCCCGCUCAGCCGCCCCGCAGUUCCGAGGACCUCACCAUAGGCGGGCGCACUCCGAGCUGGCCUUCCGGAUUUCCGAGGACCUCCACCUGGGCCCCGUUUCCGAGGACGACUUCUUCCGGACUUUCAUGGACGUGGAGAAGAUCGGAUCCGGGGUGGAGGACGGUGCAGCACCCGCUUUAGAAGCCUCCGGCCACUCGGUUCCUCGGGAUCGGAUGGCGGUGGAUUGUUCGUCGGGGAACGAGGAGACUCGAGCGCAAGGCAAUGCCGCCGGUGGAGACGCCCGGCCGAUGCAUCGGCACGGCAGCUCCGUCGAUGUGUCGAGCUCUAGAGUCGAGGGAGUGUUCGGGGACGUGAUGGAGGCCAAGAAAGCCAUGCCGCCCGAGAAACUUGCAGAGUUGGCGGUGAUCGACCCAAGGAGGGCCAAGAGAAUUCUAGCAAAUCGGCAGUCUGCAGCUCGCUCAAAACAACGCAAGGCAAAUUAUAUUUUGGAACUUGAGAGAAAAGUCCAGACUCUUCAAACGGAAGCUACAACCCUUUCAGCGCAGCUCAUGCUGCUUCAGAAAGAUAUAUCUGAGUUGGCCACUGAAAAUGCAGGACUGAAGUUAUGGUUACAAUCUAUGGAGCAACAAGCUCAAUUGCAUGAUGGUGUCAGUGAUGCUUUGAAGAAGGAAGUUGAAAGGCUUCAUAUUGUAACAGGAGGAAAAGUGAAUAAAAGCGAGCCUUAUAAUCUGGGACUUUUAAAUCUUCCCUAUUCAUCAUUUAUGAUGCCAUCUGAGGAGCAACCGAAAAUUCAUCCACAGGGCCUUGAAUGUCAUGCUCAGUUUUGUCAAUCUCAACUCUAUCACAAUGAUGUGCCUUCAGAUAUGAUGCAGCAGGGUCAGCUCAAGGUUCUGCCAGGUCUAAACAUCAGAAAGGGCUCGAUCAAAUGUUCUCAAUCUAGAGAACUCUAUCGCUGCAAGUGAGAGCAGCCACAAUUCCUAACAGAACUACAAGUCACAGGUUUAGUUUGAAAGUUUGUCCAUAGCCUGACUUCCGCACGCAUCUUAAAGGAUGCUGUUCUAUUAGUUAUUUCAUUCGUUUUCUUAUCCUAUUUUUUACUAGGAGAUCGGUGAUUCUGAUUUCUGUGGUGUGUCUUUAUAGUUUGUAGAUAUUGUCAUCUUCUUGUUGAUUUGUUUUGGGAUCGGUUACCAUCUGGUUAACUGUAUGAUUAUUGCGAUUGUUUUUGUACC